AUGCAUCUCAUGUUGGCUUUCUCACUACUGAUCCUCUGUGCUAUCGCCUCCGCUUCCAAUGUCCCACAGGACUGGGUUGUAGGACUAAGAGACAAUUACACGCUUGAAGAACACCUUGCCACAGUCAGCCAGCACAUCAACAUUAACAUCAAGCAAUACAUACCAAAAAUCAACGGAUACGCCAUCGCUCCUUCCGCAGACGAUGAGAGUAUAGUAUCGUCAAUUCGUCAAGACCCUGGUGUCGGCUUCAUAGUCCAAAAGCCUCAAGGUUACUUCUCUGAAGAGUACCGCCUUGGGCUCGAAGACUAUGACCUCGAAGCGUACGAAGAUGAGAGAUUCUGGUUGACACUACAAGACCAAGAUCCUGAAGUUAUGAUCACCGAUGAUGGUGCCCUCAAAACCCCAUUGGUCUGGCGAAUCUUCUUCACGAAUGAAGAUGCGCUGGAAGAGCACAUCGCGGCUGUUGGAAGGAAUUUGCAGAUGUACGAUGUUAUGAACCACUCCUAUUGGGUAGUGUUCAUCGAUGAUGCACAAGAAAAAGAGUACCUGUCGAUGUUCAAGAGUGACCCUAGAGUCACGACGGUGUAUCCGGAGCGCGAUAGACAAGGUAUCUUCUAUGACGACGAUGAGAGGACUCAUACAGAGGCACAUGUGGAUGAGGUUAUUGUCCACGAGUAUCUGGCAGGAACCGACCGUGGACAUAAAGAAACAGUGCAAUACCCACUCUCCGUAGAUAUCGCUCGGAUGUUAGAAGCACCAUGCAUUUCUAUGCAUACCUACCCAGUGACAAUCAAUGCACACGAAAAAUGCGAUAAAAUCAAGUUUGGUAGCGACGAUAGACGUUACUUGCCCAGCAAUGAGACGACAGGCGCAAGCUCAGAGGUCGAUCGUUCAGAGGAAGCACAUUCCAGUGCCGCAUACGCACUUGUUGAAAGGAGCGGUCGCUCUGCUUCGACGCGCAGGUCCUUAAUGUGCGACAAAAAGACUUAUACGCUGGGACGAACGAGUGUUCUACGUCACGCAAUGCCGACGGCAUGCAACGCUUGA